AUGGAACACACAGAAGGGAUCAAGGAUCAAUUUGCCUCUGAAUUUGAUGGGUUUAAUUUAGAAAUUCCCGGUAAACUUAUGGAUAGUAAUAAGAAACUUUAUUGAAACGAGAUAGAACAAAUUGAGGAUAAGAAGCAGAAAACCACAGGAAAGAAGCGGAACCUGAAAAUGAAUGGCAAAUCCUGAAAGGAUCACUCUACUCUGAACUUGAGUGAAACUUCUGAUGUAUCAAAGGAGAAUCAGACUGCAAAAAAGAAGGCCAAGAAAUACCCUCGAAACCGUGUUAAAAAGGUCGACCAAUACAGAAACCAGAUAAUUGAGGAUCAAUAUGGAGUCUUUGAGUACGACAAAGACCCUGAUGGCUACCUUAAGGCGAGGAAAAGGAUGCUUAAUAAGAAAAGCGCUCUUAGGACUAGAUCAAGGAAAACUAGUAAAUUUAAACUUCUUAAUGAGAAGGUUCAAGUCUUGGAAGAUAAGUCCAAAGUGCUUGAAACGGAGAAUAAAGAUUUGAAGAAUGAGAAUUCAGACUUGCAAAGGAAAGUUCAAGAACUUUUGAGUGUAAUAAAUAACAUGAAGGGAGCUGAUGCUGCUGAUGAAGUCAGGAAGAGAUUCAAGAUUAGUGAGCUUGAAGAACAGUCUAUUGAUCACAUCAAUUCAAGUACUAAUAACCCUCAUAACUCUUCACAUGAUAUUUCAGGCUCCUUCUUGAUGGAGGGAGAACAGAGCGAGUUCCUCAGCUCUGGUGAAGAGGAGUUUGGUGGGUUGCAAAAAGAUAACUGGCUUUGCCAAGCUGAUAUCAUGGGUCAUAUCUCUGAGUCCUCACCAAUUAAAAGAGUCAUUACCUCUACAAAUGAUGCUGAAGGAAGUUUUAGCUCAUCGAAUAAUCAGCUUAACUUGAGUAGCGAGGAAAGUGACAGGCUAGUUCUCCAGAGAGGUGAAGACAAGCUCUCUGAAGAAGGCUUAUUUGGAGGCACUUUUGGAAAUUUUAUUUCUCAGGCUUCCUUGCUAACACUGACCAUAGUGAUGUGUCUUGUGCUUUGCUUGACAAGAGUCGGAGAUACAACCGAGGAACGAGAUUUUCAUGCUAGUGCUCCUGGAGGGAGGGUACCGAUGAGCGCUGAAUUCCUCGGUCUGAAAGAAAGAACAAUAUCAUAUCUAAAGAUAGCAAUGGGAACUGUAUUCAUAUUAGGAAUAGUAUUGAUAAAAUGUGGCGGAUGUUUGGAAAAGUUGGGCCAUGAUCCUCGAAGAAAAGGGAAAGAGCAUAUCAAGGCUGAAUCUCAAUAACCGAGAAAGUUCAUACCGUUCCGUUUUAAUAUUUAGGUUGAUUCUAAUACUAUAAAUUU